GGGGGGGAAGCCCUUAGCGACAGGACCGGGCGGUGGGGGCAGAGCUGUGGGAGCGGCACAGGGACCCACAUGGCCCCCAAGAAGAAGAAAGACCGCGCCGCCCCCCCCGGGGACACGGAGGCCAAGAAGUCAGAGCCGCUCUCAGAGUUGGACAAAGAGUUCUAUCUGAUUCAGAUCCGGGACCAGGAGAGCAGAGUGGCCAAGUACCAGCGGCGACUGGACGAGCUGGAAGUACAGAAAAAUGAAUCGGAGGACAGUCUCACGCGCUUAUCCAAGGAAAUGGAGGACAUCAUCUCCUUCCUGAAGAAAUGCCUGGAUCAGAGGGCAGACGAGAUCGCUGACCUGAACGACAAACUGGUGGCCCUGGAUCAGGCCAAGGAAGUGGAGAAGGACGCCUAUGAGACCCAGCUGUCCCAUUUACGUCACGAGUGUCAGGAUGCCAAGGAUCAGCUCACGACAGAGAAUAUCGCUCUAGCGGGAAAGCUGGCUGCAGUGGAGGAAUUCCGACUCCAGAAAGAGCAAUUAAUGGCCAACUUUGCGACCCUUGAAGAAGAACUUAAAAAGAUGGACCACGAUCACAAAGGAACCAUUUACGAUCUGGAGAGGAGAGCGGUGAUCGACAAAGACAGGUUAAAGAAGGAAAUGAUCUCGCGGCUUAACACGGUGGCGACUGAGUUCCGCAGAGUUUCAAAAACACAGAUGUCUCAGACAACCAAGAGGACCAUCCGGGAGAACGUGUCCAUCAGCAUCCAGCUGGGAAAAAUGUCGGACAAAAGCCUACAGCUGAUCAAGCAGAACGACGAAAUGAGGAAAGCCACCAUGACCCAGUGGACACAUCUUCACAUAAUGGAGGAAAAUGAGCGAAAGCUCAUUAAAAAGAACAGCAGCAAUAGAAAGAUUAUCUCCAUGCUGACUGAGAAAUGUAAAGAGCAGCAGGUGUUACUAAAUAAAUACAAAACGGAGGAGGAGGAAUACCAAAAACAAAAAAUAAUGGUCAAAGAACUUCAGGAGCAGAACGAGUCUCUCAGCAUAGCGUUGAGUUAUGUUGACGAAGAGCUGAAGAAAACUCAAUUGGACCUCAAGAAUAAGCUGACGCUUCUGGCGGAGGAGAGUGAGCGCCGGAAAAGGGUGGAAGAGGUCCUGUCCGAUGCGGCAUAUGCACUAAAGGACAUCCUGCUGAGUGAUGAUGAACUCCCAGAGACUAGAAAACUACCCAGUGCCAUCAUAGAGGAGCCCAUUGAUGCAAUAGAGCAGCCCACCACGAUCACAGAGCAGCCCACCACGAUCACAGAGCAGCCCGUCACUGACACUGUCAUCGACACCACCGCUGACACCACCACUGAAACCCCUACGGAUGGCCCGGUUACAGAGAAGUCCGACUCCAAAACGUCGGUCCAUGUCCAGCGAAGUCAAAUGAUGCACAAGCUCCUGCUGGUCCUCAACACGGCGGCUUGCAUCGGGCUGGGUCCACCCCUCGGGGAGUUCACCAAACAGGAAAAGGCUUCAGUGAUGAACAAACUGGAGAACAUUUCAAAAAGAUCUGUUCAAAUCUGUCAAGACAUCAGAGGACCAGGGAUUCAGCCUCACUAUAGACAAGGAGACCUGGGCUUGGUGCCACGGGCAAAGCAUCUGAUGCCCAAUAUCUACGACAAGGUGGGAUUCCUGUCAAGGACGACACGCCUGGGUUUGAUCAGAACACUUCCAAAACUAAACUGCAGCAUGUACAAGGGUUCACAGGUUUCAGAGCAGGGAGGAAAAUUACUGUCGCUCAAGCCUGCAUAGCUGCAGAAUGCUCAGAAUUAGUGUGUGUUGUAUUGGAAUGGUGAAAUCUUCCCUUUUAAACAAUAAAGAGAUUGAAAUUCCA